UUUAUAAAGAGGCAAGAGAAAUCUUUCACUUUGCCUCCCACUGUUUCUGGGAGCCUCUUCUCUUCUGUGAGUUCAAGAUCCCGGCCAGCACUCCGAUUAACAUGAAGACCCUUUAUCUUCUCUUCGCUCUUAUGCUCCUGCUGCCUCCAGCUGUCCCAGGAAAUACUGAAUCAGAUACUGUUGUCUGCUGGAGGAAUAACAAUCUAUGUGCCACUCUGCUUUGCCCCAUUUUCUACAGACAAAAUGGAACCUGUUUCAGCAAGAAACAGAAAUGCUGCUCACGCUGGCUAUAGAGCAAACCCUGUUGUCCUUCAGGGAGAGUUUUUCAGAAACAAAAAUAUGACCUUGCAAUACACUCAACCAUCCUUGACUGUCUGUUAUGUAAUGUAAAUAAAUGCACAAAUAUAAUUUCCCCUUCAAUUAAAAAAACUUU